AUGCGUCGAAACCCGGCCCUUGUGGUCGACACGACCAACGCGAACGACCUCGUUUACGAACUCAAUGUCUCUCCACGAUCAUCUAUCGACACCGUUUCCACUAUCACCACCACCAGCGACCUCAAGCACCAACAAACUGCCGAUCCUUCCCAGCCCACUCCCUCCAAUGCCCCUGUGCAACCCACCAUCACGCCCUCUAUCCGCCUUCUCUUUUCUCUCAUCUCCCGGCGUCACCUCCUUAUUCUUCUUAUCCCGGCAAUCUGCUCUUCAAUAAUCGCGGGCGGAAUCGCGCCAUUUAUGACAUACGUCGUCGGCCAGGCAUUUGACGCCUUUGCACAGUUCCCCCUCACCCCCAAUCCUCCCCAAUCCGCAAAGGACCAACUCCUCCGCGAUGUCGGUAUCGCUGCUCUCCAGCUCAUUGGCCUUGCCGUGGGCUCGUUGGCGCUCGGCAGCCUCACCUCAUUCCUCUGGAUAUGGACGGGUGAAAUCAACGUCAUGGCCCUCCGGAAAACCGUGUAUGAAGCCGUGACGGAGAAGGAUAUGGUGUGGUUUGAUAUGCACAUGGGUGCGACCGAAGGUUCAGUCCAAGCAGCCGAUGACCAAGGCCCCAUCGGCGCAGGAGGUCUCAUGGCCAAAUUUACGAGAGAAACCGACGAUGUCAGAAUGGCAUCUUCUCUCGCAUCCGGAAUGUUACUUCAGUACCUCACCACCUGCAUUGUCUGCCUCGUCCUGGCAUUCAUGCGCUCCUGGGCACUCACCCUGGUCAUUCUCUCCGCUGUUCCAGUCCUCGUGUUCGUCCAAGCCCUCUCCCAAGGGUUUGCUUCGCCCCUUCUUGCCCACGAGCGUGAGCAGACCGGUGUCGCAGCGACAAUUAUCGACCGUGCCGUGGCCGCCAUUGCUACCGUCAAGGCCUUCAACGCGACGGCCCACGAGAAUUCCCGUGCGCAAGACUCCUUCCACCACCUCAAAAUCGCGGCAAGGCGGCUCAACGCCGUCUGGGGCUUUACCUCCGGCAUUGCUCAGUUCGUCAUGAUGGCGAUGUUCGUGCAGGGUUUCUGGUUCGGUGCGAAGCUCGUCCGAGAGAGCAGGGUCAACGCUGGCGACGUCAUGGCGGUCUUCUGGGCAUGUCUGAUCGCCACCAGCAACUUGCAGAUGUGCAUCCCCCAGUUCAUCACGUUAGCCAAGGGCAAAUUCGCCAUGGUCGCUCUCCUGACUCUCGUCAGCGACGAGCCAUCCUCAUCCUCCUCUGCGAUGCCACCAAGCUCCAACGCACCCCCGUCGCCCACGAAAUCCUUCCGUCGAUCCCACACUCUUCGCAAGAUCACUCCCACUCGGUGUGCCGGCGAACUCGCUCUCCACAACGUCACUUUCGCAUACCCUUCCCGACCCACCAUCCCCGUUCUCACCGACGUCUCUCUCUUUCUUCCUGCCAACGAGACCACUUUCGUAGUUGGGUCGUCUGGCUCGGGCAAAUCGACCAUCGCCCAGCUCCUCCUGAGGAUGUACGAGCCUCAGCAAGGCUCCGUCUGCCUCGACGAGCAGGACGUCCGGUUCCUCGAUGAGAUGUGGGUCAGGAAGCACAUUGCUGGUGUCGGCCAGCAAGGGGCCUCUGGCGUUGUUGUCCUCGACGGCAAGAGCGUAUUCGAGAACGUUGCCGCAGGACUUGCCGGCUUCGACGGCCUGGAACGCCAGGCCUCCAGACAGGAAGUCGAGGAUGCCUGUCAAGCCGCGCUGAUGCACGAGUUCGUUAGGGACUUGCCGAUGGGUUACGAGACGAUCCUCGGUGGCGGUGCUGGUGUUGGUUUGAGCGGCGGGCAGAAGCAACGUUUGGCGAUUGCCCGCGCAGAGCUUAGGAACCCCACUGUCUUGAUUCUUGAUGAAGCUACAUCAGCUCUCGACCCCACCUCUCGCAUCCUCGUCUUCGAAGCCCUCAAGCGGUGGCGCGCCAACAAGACCACCAUCGUCAUCACCCACGACCUCUCCCAAAUCGAACCUCAGGACUUCGUCUACGUCCUCAAGCAGGGUCGUGUCGUCGAACAAGGCUACCGCUAUGACCUAGAAGCCGUUCCUUCCAGCCCCUACCUUGAGGAUCGUGGUGAAUUCCGGAAAAUGAUGGAGUCUCAGCAACAGACAGGAGGUUUCUUGCCUGAGAAGGAUGGCGAGGAGCCUCCCAAGGCGAAUGAUGCAAUCGAGGGGGCUCUCGAGGAUGCCGAGGAGAAGGAGGAGGAAAUCAGACUCCCGACCCACCUCAAGCACCAGAGCAUCGCCAUCCGCCCUCUUACAUUCGGCAACUGGAUGUUCGAUGUUAUCGCCGACCUUACAGGUAACGCAACUGCGGCUGCUCCCGCACCAGCAGUUGUAGCUGCAAGGGAAAGCUAUCGUGUCAGCCGAUUUGUUCCCGCCGACAAGUUUAACGGACCUGCCGAACGCCGAAGGAGACCCUCGAGCAUUCACAUCCCUUCACCCACUUCGCCCACUGCUGCGCAUACCGCCAUCAGCAGACGUUAUAGCCUCCAGUUUACGCCUACGUCGACGACUUUCACGAUCAAUCGCGCCACCGUGCAUUUCGCUGACGACGAUGACGACGACGACGACGAGUUCAUGAAGGACAAGAGUGCAAUGCAGAACAGCGCCGUCACCGCACGACAAGGACGGAACACCACCAAGCGAGUUAGGACCCGUUGGGACGACGUUCCGCUGAGCACUAUCACUGUCGAGGGCAAGAAAACCAAGACCGCUGACCGAUCAUCCUCACCUACCCCGUCCAACGAUCUCGACGACAUGGAACGUCCACCUUUCUGGGCUCUCAUGCGCACCGUCUGGCCUACGAUCCCCACCAAGACUCUUCUCUUCAUCGGACUCCUUACCUGCCUCCUAUCCGGAGCCAUGACCCCCGUCUUCUCCUUCCUCCUCUCGCGCCUGCUCUUCGAAGUCUCGACUGGCGCCCGCAACACCUCCAUCAUCAACCAAUUCGGUGGACUCGUGCUCGGCAUUGCAGCUCUGGACGGCGUGUUCAUGGGCCUCAAGUACUUCAUCAUGGAGAGCGUCGGCAUGAACUGGGUGACGAAGAUGCGCACUGGUGCCCUGCAGAAGGUUUUGGCCCAGGACAAGAAGUGGUUCGACCGCCCCAGCAACGGCCCAGCAAGGCUCGUUCAGAUCAUUGUCAAGGACGGCGAUGACGCCAGGAACUUGGUGUCGGUCGUCUGGGGCCAAUGUGUUGUCGUCGUCGCCAUGCUUGGUGUCGGCCUCAUCUGGGCUCUCAUUCGUGGCUGGCAACUUACUCUUGCUGGCUUCGCCAUCGCUCCCGUCUUCGCUAUCACCAUGGCUGUCCAGACGAAGCUGGUGGCUAAGUGUGAGGUCAGGAACAAGCGGGCUAGGGAAGAGGUCGCUCGUGGCUACUACGAUGCCAUCAUUAAUAUCCGUGGCAUCAGGUGCAUGUCAUUCCAGCCCAUCUUCAAGGCUCAGUUCGACUCCGCGACUAACAAGGCGCUCUCCACUGGUGUGCGUGGUGCCUUCGUCGAAGGUUGCACCUACGGCGUGGCUAGUGGUCUCAUCUACUUGGCUGAGGCAAUGCUCUUCUACGUCGGUGCUGUCCUCAUCGCUCGUGAACUGUAUACCUACCUCCAGAUGGUCGAGGUCCUCAACCUCGUCGUCUUCUCUGUCACCAUCGGAUCGCAGUUGAUGGCUUUCACCGAGAAGAUCGCAAAAUCUGUACAAGCGACGGGUGACUUCAACAAAUUGAUGAACCUUGACACGAACACCGACGAAUCUCGUGGAAUCCUUCGACCCACCCUUACCGGCCCCAUCAACUUCCAGAAUGUCCAGUUUUCCUACCCCGAGAGGUCUGAUGUGCCUGUCCUCAAGGACGUGAAUCUUGAGAUCGUCGAAGACGAAUGUGUUGCGAUCGUUGGGUCCUCGGGCUCGGGCAAGUCCACUGUUGCCGCGCUUCUUCAGCGCCUGUACGAGCCUACCAAUGGAUCAAUCACUGUUGGACACAUGGACGUGCGGGAUAUGGACGUUGGACACCUCAGGGAUAAUGUCGCUGUUGUCAGCCAGCAGCCGAAUCUGUUUGACGCCAGCAUCGCAGAGAACAUCCGCUACGGAAACACCGCCAUCUCAGACGUGGACAUCCGGACGGCGGCCAAGGCUGCGAACGUACACGAGUUCAUCAUGUCCUUACCUCAAGGAUACGACACCAUGGUCGGCGAGAACGCAUCACUUAUCUCAGGAGGACAAGCCCAGCGCCUGCAGAUCGCCCGCGCACUCGCGCGACCCUCGAGAAUCCUCAUUCUCGAUGAAUGUACCUCGGCACUCGACCCAGAGAACCAGGCCGCCGUUCUCGACACCAUCCGCUCCGCCAAAUACGGCAGGACGACCUUGAUGGUCACCCACAAACUCCAAGUCAUGCUCAUGUGCGACCGCAUCCUCGUCCUGCACGAAGGUGAGGUCGCUGAGCAAGGCACUUAUGAAGAGCUCAUGGAACGCAAAGGCGUUUUCGCCACACUGGCUAGUGGCGGUGAAUGGGUCGGCGAGUAA